AUGUCCGAAGCUCUGCACAGAAUUCUGCAGACACAGGAAACGUCAGACGACCCGGAUGCUGUUGAGCGAUUAGCUCCGGAACACCCAACAACAGUGGAGUCUUCACAAACAACAAAGAAACUAGCAGCCAAGGAAGAUCAAUCGCAACAGUAUUUGAAGAAGACGGCUGAGGUGGGCUGUGUCGCUUAAUAUUUAUUUGCAUUGUCGUAGCCAACACGGUCUCGUCCAAUCAAGCGAAACCUGCUAGCAGGCUGUCGGAAAUUACCAAACUCACCUAGCCAAAGACAUGUUUUGUCAAACAAGCACUGCCCGGUAACCUGAAAAUCUGCCAAAAGCUUUAUGAAUGGAGCGACAUCACUUGUAUCAUAAUUUUUACUGUUUGCCCGUUGCCAUUUGCUCGAUAGCCUCAGUGAAAUUGCGUUUUGAACAAACCAGUGCAGGCCGCACAGUGAUCGCCGUAUGCGGUGUUACUCUUCCCCUAAAAAUGUUCCAGUUGUUAGGAUCCAGAGGCUGCAUAAAUUUCCGGAAGACCUACCAGGGUUAUUUAACUGUACAAAAUGUCUCGUAAAUGACGACGUUCAUCCCUUAUUCGGCGUUUCCUAGAGUUAUAUUUUUGGGGGAAGCUCUUCGGCCAACACGUGGCGCCUACGCGGUACUAACAGACCUGCAUCCCUAACUGCUACAGCUCACAGCUGCAUCCUGCAUAGAUCAAUCGGCAGGGGGGGGGAGGCAGCGGCUCGUUCCCAUCUGCCUGUGUGAGGUUUCGAUUUCCUACCUCCUGUUACGGGUGUUUUUUUUAUUGAAAAUACGCCUUUUUUGGUCCGGAGAAGCAAACAGGCAGCGAACCCGCACCAGGAAAGAAGACCAAACCACCAUAACUACACACUUGCUUUCGAGCAAAUGCCUAAUCAUGAUUCGUGUUCGUGAGAAGGCGUACAGACUACACAGUGGUUUUACCCAAUCAGCGAUUGUGUCAAUCCUCGCCUUAAGUGAUUAGCUAUAUACGCCCUACCACCCUGUCCCCUGUUCUUUGAUCUGGGGGCGGGUUUUCAAUACUUGUGAAAUCGUUACCCUGAGAACUGCAAAAGAGGUGGAGGCGUUCACCGGGGGGGGGGGGGGGUUGUUAGAGGUCUGACGUUUCGAGUAGUUGUUUCGUCUACCCAUCUACAGAGACUGGCAAUUCAUGCGUUCAGCUCUCCUUAUAAAGCGCACUCUGUUUGAUGCGUGGUCCGCCAAUGCCGCCUGUGUGGCUGCAUCCGGACCGCAUGUCACCGUGACCUGAGAAUUGCUUUUCUUUCAAUACCGAUAUUUUGCCUAUGGUUCUCAAAUAAAUAAAAGCGUUCUCCAAUCAAUCUAAAAACGCGGUAAUAUUGAGCGCGAGAGCCACCGACAUGUUUGCCUGCACGAGUCUGGUGUCGAGAUGAAGUUACUCACCUGUUUCAGCGCCAGACUUUUGAAAUGGAUCGCUUCUUUAACCUUCGUCCCGACAUGCAACGCCAAAACUCCCGUUUAGUUAGCAAAGAGGUGUCAUCGUGGCUUCACACGCAUUUGCGACUAAGGAUGUCCAUGGAAUCAUAAGAGUUAUUUUGUGGUUCUGCACCACAUGUCUGUUUGUCCCGGUGGUUUUUUCGGGUUGUUCCACAUCGGAUGGAGGCCCUAGACGCAUGUCUCGCUCCUAUUAGCGCAUACGCAUGACGUGGCCGGGAUUUGAGCAUCGGCCAUUCACGCGUAUGAACGAAAAGUUGCCAGUAGUCCAUUACCUCGCCCUGAAUUUGGCAGAAAUCAUCACUUCUGAACACUUUGUCUACAAACCCAUUCUGGAUGAUAAAGUUUCGUCAGAUUGUCCCGAAGGAAGAUUCCGUUGUUAUCUGGGUUAAUAUUCAUCAAUGAACCGCUAGAUCCUGCCACCUCGGACAAGUUAUUUCACGAGUCAUAUGCAGUCUCUCUAUCAUUGAAUUUUUGGACUCAUGUACGUAGUCUGUAGGAUUUCGUUGAUUUAAAGUCUGCACCGACUUUCAAAUGCCGGCCAAGACAAGGCUAGGUAUUACUGAACAGUCCAGCCAUCCGACACGGAAAAACCAGGACGUUUAGUUACCAUACACGUAGCUAAGACAUAUGAUGGCAGGUCGUGAGUAUACAAAGAACCGCCCCACUCCCUGAGCAUCAAUAUUACAAAGCUCCACUGUCUCAUUAUUUAGGCAGAAUGACCAAUUGUCAUUUCCUUCCUUUGAAAAAGUUAAACCCCACGUCACUUUUAUUUUUGAGAAACAGGUUGCUCCUAGCUUUGAAACGACAAACUUCUUCGAGGUACAUCCCGAAGUGGACUCAGUCACCACUGAGGGCAAACGGUAA